UACCUUCCCAUUAUCCCUUAUCUUUCCAUGUUCAUAGCCCUUCCUUCUCUCACUCCUCCCUCCCUCUUCCCUUCCUCCUUUCUUCCCUCUCUCUUGGGAACUGGUUCAACCAGAGUACAACUCGCUCAUCUGCCUCCGGCAGAGCAGCCGCAGAAGCUGAGACAUGCAGAGCAGCUGAGCUGAGGGUAGGGAGGCUAGGCUGGCGCGCUGCGGGACACCGAGGGCUAGCAGUUGGCCCGGUCGCCUCCCCGAGGCCCAUGCGGAGCCAAUACAGCUCGCGACUGGCUCAUGAGACCGCCGUGGUGCGGAAGGAGGACCCGCGGCAUCCCGCUGGGGCUGCUCGCGCUCUGGGUGGCUGCCGCCCGCUGCCUGCAGAGUCAGGGCGUGUCACUGUACAUUCCACAGUCAGCCAUCAAUGCCACUGUCCAAGAAGAUAUCCUGCUGUCAGUGGAAUAUUCCUGCCAUGGGGUGCCCACAAUCGAGUGGAAGUACACAUCUAACUGGGGUGUGCAGAGGAUUGUGGAGUGGAAACCAGGGACCCCAGCCAAUGUCUCCCACAGCCAUAGAGACAGAGUCUGCACCUUUGACAAUGGCUCCAUCCAGCUUUUCAGUGUGGGCGUGAGGGAUGCUGGCUGCUACGUCAUCACUGUCACAGAGCACCCGGGGAGCAGCCAGUUUGGCACCAUCGUGCUACGUGUGUCUGAGAUCCGCUAUGAAGACCUCCACUUCGUUGCCGUCUUCUUUGCUCUACUGGCCGCUGUGGCUGUGGUGCUAAUCAGCCUCAUGUGGGUUUGCAAUCAGUGUGCCUACAAACUCCAAAGGAAGAGGAGAUUCAAACUCAAAGAAAGUACCACUGAGGACAUUGAGAUGAAAGAUGUCCAGUGUUAGCCAAGACUCUGCCCGAUUACAUUGCUACCUCAAGAGAAGAGCAGUAUUUUCCAAUUGAAGGAACCAACUGAGCCAGUCCUUGCUGCAGCCGCUCACCAGCUGGUGA